AUGGCACAACCUGACCUGACCUCGCAUCACGUCAACUACCUAAUAUGGAGGUACCUCCAAGAAUCAGGUCAUGGCGAUGCUGCUGUAUCACUGCAGCGCGCAUGGUACCCCGAUCCCCAGGCGCUACCCUUUGCGCGCCACAUUAAAACCCAUGCGCUGGUCUCGCUGGUCCAGAAAGGUCUGCAGUACCACGAGCUCGAGUCCUCUAUCGACAAGGAGGGCAAUCCAACUACUUUUACACCUUCAAACUACUUUUUCGGACCGGAGCCAUUUGAAGUGAGCACAUUAAAAAGCCGCGAUGAGGUGAGCGCAGACCAAGCCCCGGCCCUGGCACCAGCGCCAGAGUCAGCGCCAGAGUCAGCGCCAGAGCCAGCGCAAGAGCCAGCGCCAGAGCCGGCACAUGACGGCGUGACGAAUGGUCACCCAGUGGAGACCAGCAAGAAAAUUCACCCCAGUGAGACUACUAAUGGCGACGAGGCGAUGGAAGUCGAUGAGGCCGAGAGCAAACCGGCUAGCCCACAUCCACAUGUGCCCGAUCUGGACGGCGACGGGGACGUGAGCAUGGGGGCCAUGGAGCCGGAAGAGGUGCCUCAGGAACCCACUCUCAGGACGGGCAGCAGUGUGGGCAUCCAGAUCUCCCCCGCCAAGGCCGCCGAUUUGACCCCCGACACCGCCUUGCUCGAUGAAGAUCACGUGCUCUCCGCCAGCUGGCGACCGCGAGAUCCCUCCUUGCUGGUGGCUGCUGGGGACACCUUCUGUAGCCUCUGGAAGCUGUCGUCAACAUCGGCACCUGCUCAGAACAAGUUUUUGAACCUCAAGGGCACAGGCGCAUAUGUAUCCACGGUGGCAUGGGAUGGCAUUGGCGCGAAAUUGGCCGUGGCCUCCUUCCGAGACAUGAAGGGAAAUGUGACCAUGUAUAAUGCAGACGGUAACGUCGUGGAUUUGUUGCCGGAACUUCCCCGCGUGAUUAGUGGGUUACACUGGGCGGAAGAAAGCCCGCAACUGGUGAUUGUGGCAUCUGAUGAACGCACCUCCGAAUUGGCCCUGUGGGAUGACAGCCAGCGACCCGACGUCUACCCACCGCCCCAGGUGAUUGACAAUCAGAUCUAUGAUUUCGCCUGGUGUGGACGCAACCAGGUGUUUGCGUGUGGAAACGGUGCCGUGUACGAAUGUGAAAUAGACAACAAUAUUCGAUUGGUCAAGACACAUACCUCGCAGCUGGGUGAUACGGAGUGGACUUUCCUGCGCUGCGCCCAUACCCCCAGCUAUUCUGUUGCAGUCACAGCUAGCGCCACGAAAGCCUCGAUCUGGAUUCCCACGCACGAUAUUCUGAUCGAAAACGCCCACCAAGACGCCAUCACUGCCAUCGACAUUCAACACCAGUCGGCAUUGCAAGCGAAACAAGGGAGCAGCUCCAUCACCAUUGCUUCAUACUCCGCCGAUAGUACAGUCGGAGUGUGGCAGGUGAAUCUGGAUACGAAACAAUACACCUCAGUUCAUCGCUUGCGACUGGGCGCCUCAAUACCUGCCCUUACUGGCAGUUUCUCUCCCGAUGGUUAUGCCCUCGGGGCGGUCAGUAAAGAUCAAGUCUUCAUCUGGAAUGUCGAGCGUGGUGGUGAUCCAAUGGCCACAUGGAAAGCUCCCAGCGGGGCACAGGUCAAGGAGGAACCUGAUCGCGCAAUCAACGGGCAGAAUGGUCAUGGACCAGCAAUCCCAGACCGUGCUCUGUCAUGGGAUCCCGAUGGGAAAAAACUCGCCUGCGGCUUAGGAAAUCAAAUGGCUAUUAUGAACCUCCAGCGGUGA